GGGCGGGGCUCCGUUCGCCGCUCUGCGCAUGCGCAGAGUCACGUGGCGGCGGGGCGUUUUAAGCGGGUGCGCGGGGCAGGCGGGCAUCCUCGGUGAUGGCGCGGGGCAGCAGGAGUGUGGCGCGGCCCGCGGCGGCCCCGGCGGCUCCAGCCCCGGCCAGCCCGGCCCCGGUGCCGGCGGCGCAGCCGGCGCAGCCCGGGCUGAUGGCGCAGAUGGCGAGCACGGCGGCGGGCGUGGCCGUGGGCUCCGCCGUGGGACACGUCGUGGGCAGCGUCCUCACCGGCGCCUUCGGCGGCUCCUCCGAACCGGCCAAGGCGGCGGCUCCCGCCCAGGAGCCCCGGCAGCAGCCGCUGCCCCCGCAGUCGCCCUACGGCCCCUGCCACUAUGAGAUGAAGCAGUUCCUGGAGUGCGCCACCAACCAGAGAGACCUGACCUUGUGCGAGGGCUUCAAUGAGGCUCUGAAACAGUGCAAGUACAGCAACGGUGUUUCUUCUCUCCUGUGAAGAAUCUGCCCCCUUGUAGUAGGGAAGAGGAGCUGGGUGCAGAGCCCUGCUGCCUGCAGGGAGCGGAAGGACGACAAGGGAUGAGUGGAGGGAACAGAUCGACCAGACAGGAGUCUUCUAGUGGUAAUUUACUUCUAGACUAGUAGGGAUGGAAAGAAUAGUUGCACCUGUGGGAACUUGAAAUUCAGAUAGUGCUGCUUUUAUUACAGCGAAAUAAAGAAGUUUAUUUGGA